AUGUCGGAAGAAUCGAUUAAAGUCGCUGUACGGGUUCGUCCAUUCAAUCAACGAGAAAAAGAUCGCAAUGCGAAACUAAUUAUUAAAAUGCAUGGACAAUCGACUUUUAUUACCGAUCCGAGAUCAUCAGGAGAAGAACCAAAACAAUUUUCUUUUGACUAUUCAUAUUGGUCUCAUGACGGUUUCAUCGAACUUCCUUCCGGAAUACUCGAGUCGAAAGAUAAUUCUUCGGCAUAUGCUUCACAACAGAAGGUGUUCAAUGAUCUUGGUCGCGAUGUCAUUAAAAAUGCAUUUGACGGUUUUAACUGUUCAUUGUUUGCAUACGGUCAGACAGGAUCAGGCAAAAGUUAUUCUAUGGUCGGCUACGGUGUAAAUCGUGGUAUCAUUCCUAUUGCAUGUGAUGAAUUGUUUCAUCAGAUACAGAGCACAAAAAGUUCAUCAGUUCGUUAUGAAGUCAGCCUAUCAAUGAUGGAAAUCUACAAUGAACAAGUCCGCGAUUUAUUAACGCAAGACUUUCCGAAAGGAGGUCUCGCUGUUCGGCAACAUCCCACUUCGGGUAAUUUCUAUCCGCAAGGUCUUCGUAUCGUUCCCGUAGGAAAUUACACUGACAUUGAGCGUCGAAUUUCUGAAGGCACACAAAAUCGAACGAUUGCCGCAACUAAUAUGAAUGCCACAAGUUCUCGAGCACAUACAGUUGUCACAAUCUAUUUUGAUCAAUUCAUUAACGGUACACACGGUGAAACAAAGAAGACUAGUGCUAUCAACUUAGUUGAUUUAGCUGGUAAAGGGAGAUUUCAGUUGGGCAUCUCAUCCGAAUACGCUCUUCUCUUUCAAGGUUCGGAACGGGCUGCAAGCACAGGUGCAACCGGUGAUCGCUUGAAAGAAAGUACCAACAUCAAUAAGUCGCUGUCGACAUUGGGAAAUGUAAUAUCGGCACUGGCUGACAUAUCAUCGGGUUCGAAACGAAAAGUCGUUGUACCAUACAGAGAUUCGACAUUAACAAAAUUACUUCAAAAUGCACUUGGCGGCAAUAGCAAAACAGUGAUGAUUGCUGCCCUAUCACCUGCCGAUGUCAACUACGAUGAGACACUAAGUACACUUCGUUUUGCUGAUCGUGUUAAGCGUAUUAAAAAUACUGUUGUUGUCAACGAAAAUCCUCUGGAGAAACUCAUUCGUGAACUUAAGGAAGAAAAUGACCGCCUGAAGCUGCUGAUUGAUACAGGAAAAUUCAAUCUGCAAUUAGAUAUUCAGCCUGGAAUGUCAACUCAGGACAUCGAACUUAUGCGAAGAGAUGUCGAAGAAGGAAUUCUGUCACAAAUUCAAGUUAAUCAACAACUCCUACAAGAUUCUAAAACAACAUGGGAUCUCAAGUUGAAACAAGCUCAAUCAGAUGAUAAGAACACACCUCUGUUGGUCGAUAAAAAGCUACCAUGUCUUGCUAAUUUGAAUGAAGAUCCCAUGUUAUCCUAUGUAAUAUGUCAUUAUCUAACAACGGAUGAAAUAACUAUUGGAAGUCGCAACGCCACAAUAUGUCUCAAUGGUUUGAGCGUUCUUGAACAUCAUGCCAUCAUACGAAAAUUAGAUGCAAAUAAUUAUCAACUGAUUCCAGCUGUACCCGGUGCAAAAAUCAAAGUCAAUGGAUACAAUUUAAAUGGAUCAACGCAGUUGAAACACAAAGAUCGUAUUCUAUUCGGUGCGAAUCAUGUGUAUGUCUAUUUAAAUGUUUUGAAUGAAACUAAUGAGUCAAAAGAGUUACCUGCGGUGAUCACGUGGGAAUUUGCACAGAAAGAAAUAGCGAAAGCCAAAGGUUACUCGUUGGGCAAUAAUUUAACAACUGAACAAGAAGAACUACAAGAGAAAAUCUUAAGUUUGUUACCAUUGUUAUCCGAAGUGAACGCAAUCAGUGAAGAACUCAAUAAAUAUCGAACAUUCGAAAUUGUUCUCAUGCCGAUUUCAUCGUGGGAUGGAACAGUUGGUAAAGGGUCGAAAGUAAUGAUUAAAAUGCGGAAUCUACUCAAUCAAAAUGCCUGGUAUUGGGAUGAUGUAAAAUUCGUUAAUCGCAGUUUCAUUAUUAAAGAACAUUAUCAAAGGUUUCUAGAUGGCGAAGAAGAAAUUUUAUAUAUUGCCAAAGAAGAUGAUCCAUUCUGGGAACCGGUGGAAGAUGUUCUUCUUGGCACCGCGAAUGUAUUCCUUCAAAGUUUAGCGUAUUCGUUAGAUUUCUCGGAUGAAAUCUGUAUCGUCGAUUAUAAAGGUUUAGAACAAGGCCGAUUAAGUAUCAAUCUAUGUCCAUGCUCGUCAAGUGGUAAAGUUAUAAAUGAAGAACAAUUUGUCGAUCAACCUGAAGAACUUCUCGAUAAACCCUUUAGUUUCAAAAUAACAAUGCGAUUCAUUGAAAUCAAUGAUGAACGUUACAAUAAAGGUAUACGUGUUCGGUACAAAGUCUUCAAUGAACUGGAGUUCACUGAAACGAAUGUCAUUUGUCGUAACACAGUUUGUGCUAAUAUAAAACAAUCACGUAUUAUCACCAUUCCAAAUAUGGAUCAUAACUGGUUGGAUUUUUUUGAGAAUGGCUGUAUUAUAUUUCAAGUCUUUGCUUUGCAAGAAGAAAGUAAACCGGAUACGAGAUUAUUCAAGAUGACCACUCGAGAUUUGAAAAAAAUUGAGCAAAAACAAGAUAGCACAAAUAUAAUACCGGUGAAUCAUCCGAGCUCAAUUUCGCCCGGUGACUCGAAAUUAAAAUCGGAAUUGACUCUUCUCCAUCGAAAAUAUGCUCGUCUCGAACAGAAAGAAAAACGUAUUCAACAACUAUGUCGCGAAUGGGAAAAUAAUCAUGAUUAUCAAAAGUUUUAUAAAAAUCUUUCAGCUGUUGCUUUUAGUUCAGGAACGAAAAUGAAAAUAGCUGCAAACGUUAUAUUAAGCGGUGUUCAAUUACUUCAAAGUGUACAUUCGGCAAAUAAAGAAAAUAGUAUGGAUAUUUAUAUAUUUGGAAACGAAGAACGUGAGUAUGUGAAGGAUAUGGAACACGGGAAUGCUGAAAAAUUGAAAUAUUGGGAUGAAUACUAUCGCAAAUUGGCAUCGAAGCAACGCCGUGGUUCCAGCUUACAACGAGUGCCGAUGAAACGACCAUCGUCAACGCAUCUGGACGGAUUGGAAAAUCAUGCUCUGUACCCUUCAUCACAAGCCAGGAGCGACUUAAAUCAAGACGGCCAACAAACACGAGUCAAUUCUUCAAUUGCACAAUUACCUAAUGAUAAAAUGCCACCUGUCAUACGGAAAGAUUCUCGACGAGAAGCAGACAACGAUAUAGAAAUUGCUAAAUCGAGAACGAUGUCAAAUCCUAUGCGUACAGAUGGUACAGGAAAAAAAUCAACAUUAAGUAGCGAGAGAAAUUCGACAAGUUGUACAAUUAGUUAA